CUAAUUAUUAUCUUAUCUUCGUAAGCCAUAAAAAAGCCGUUUGCAUAAAACAUCGAUGAACUAUGGCAUUUUUUUGAUGACACUAGCAGAGCGUGAUAAAAAACGCAUUCUCUAAGAAAUUAUGGAAUUUUCUAGCAAACAACAGUAUGCAAUGAGGCGCAAAAAAAUAUUAUUCAAGGCAAAAAAUGUUUCCUGUUCGGCUGUUGACACUUCGUGUCACAAUUUAAUGAUUCUUUCAACAUCCUCAAGUUGCAAGACGGAAAAUAGACUUCGAUUUCUGGCUUUGAUGGUUGCCGAAUUCUUGCUGGAAUAAACGUGCUAAAAUAUCGGUUCAAGAUGCGUGCAGCUGGCAAGAGAGAGUUUAAUAUUUGAGCACAAGAAGAAGAAGACAACAUUCACAUCAAGGGUUGCGAUGCCAAUUACCAUUCACAUAUUAUGAAAUCUGAAUUGUGCUCUUUUGAAGUUGUUUACCAACUUAAAGCUGAUGCAAAUGGAUCGGCACUUCGCGCCAGGCUACUAGCUGUGUUAUUGUAGCGAUUCUAAUGAUCAUCACAGAAAAACAGAAGCUGUAAAAACUCGCGCCGUAUCGCAACUGAUCAAAUUAAAUCAAGAUGACGGCGUCAAACGAAACAUCAUCUCUUCACUCCGAACCUCUAUCGACUGGUAUCAUCGUAUUUUACUGUAUCAUAAUGGCGUCCAUCACAAUAACUGCUAUUUUUGGUAACUCUUUAGUAAUAGCAGCCGUUCGGCGCACUCGGUCGUUGCGUACGAGUUCAGCGAUACUGGUGGUGAAUCUGGCUUGCGUUGACCUUGCCGUAACGAUUAUAAUCGUACCAUUUGUGAUUCUGACGGCGGCGAAUACAAGCGUCUGGGACGAGACCCUCCCCCAGGAGAUCUGCAAAGCAACGGGUUUUAUGAAUGCGUUUCUGACCGCAGCACAAAUCAUGGCUCUUUUGCACAUAAGCGUGAAUAGAUUUAUCGCUGUGGCUUUCCCUCACUCAUACGAAAAGCUAACCAAAAGGUUCACUAUGGGGACGGUGUUCUUCGGGUGGCUCCACUCGUUGUUUUGGACACUUAUGCCGUUUCUUGGUUGGGGGGAGCUUGGAUUUGUAAAGGGGACUUUAUUUUGUAACAUUUUGUGGUCUCAAGAGUUGAGUUUCGCUGUAACUGUACAAGUAGUGUGUUAUUUUCUACCAACUGCAGUGGCUGUUAUACUGUAUAUCGGCAUCUAUGUGAACGUUCGCCGGCAGUCGAAGAGGGUCAAAGAACGGUCACGCUCGACACUAUCAAUGGGUGAUAUAUCAUGUGUCACACCAUCCCGACCGUUAUCAGGUGUGUCAAUAUCUAGCGGAGAGUAUCCAAGUGUCACACAACCUGGCGUUACCGAAUCUGGCGUGACUCCAUUAGGGGAGUCACGCCAAACUGGGGUAGAAGUGGAUGAAGCGUCUUGUUGUGACGGCACUAAACAUGAAAAUACAAACGUAACGCAAACAAAGGUCAAGCUUUCUGGAGUAACACACUCCGAAAUAGUACAAUCUGAUGUCACGCAAUCUGAAGUAACGCAACCUAAUGUCACGCAAUCUGGAGUAACACACUCCAAAAUAGUACACUCUGAUGUCGCGCAAUCUGAAGUAACGCAACCUAAUGUCACGCAAUCUGGAGUAACACAAUCUAAUGUCAAGCAAUCUGAAGUAACACAAUCUGAUCUUACACAAUCUAACGCAGCUCAAUCUGUAGUAACACAAUCUGAUAUUACGCAAUCUGGAUUAACACAAUCUGAUGUCACGCAAUCUGGUGAAGCGGAAUUUGGUGUCACGCACUCUGAAGGGAAAGAUAACGCCGGGGCUUCUUUAGAAUCCACGGAAAAUCUAUCUCAUGAGAGCGUUGCCUCAAGCUCACGAGAAGGUGGCAUCGAGGAAGCUGUGGAGUCGGAGAGUUGUAAGCAUAAUGGCACCGCCAGCACAAAACGCACAAAAAGGAGGAGCGUCUUCAUAGAUGCGUUCGAGAUCGGUCGCAAUGGCAUUAAUGGAUGGUACGAGAGGGCGAGGAAGGCAGCUAACGGCGACACAGGCGAACACGCGGAAGGCAGGCCUCAGAAUGGCAUUAACAGACUUUUUAAAAGACAAGACACAAGCGAUACACUUGGAAAAUCGCUCACAAGCAUGAAGAAAGAGAUGACGGAGGCGGAGAGAGCGGAAAAAAUGCGCAACAAACGGCGCAAGAUUCUCGAGAAUCGCGUAACACGCACGUUACUGGGCGUGGCGCUCGCAUUCGCCGUCUGCUGGUUCCCAAGGGGCGUGGCUAAUCUGUGGGCUCUCUUUGCGGGUCGCGAGUCCGUCCCGCGAGGCCUCGAAUACGCCUCUACCGCCUUCGUGUUUAUGAACAGCUCUGUGAAUCCAAUCCUCUAUGGCGCUCUUCAUCAGGACUUUAACCGCGCGUUUAGGGAUAUCUUGUAUUGUAGAACCCGUGUCAGGCGUGCACGCAGCAAGAGCGAAGAUUUCUCCGCGUCCGUCUCUAUGAGACCACGUGUUUGAUCACGUGUCUCACCACGUGUUUGAGCCGCUAUCGCCCAUUAAUCAUUCUUCCUGGGAACUGUAUGUACGAGAUCCAAGCAUGGGAAAAAUAGAUCACCAUUCAAUCAAAUUCUUAUCGUAAACUAUGUAAAAACAACUUGAAACGAGGUUUUAUGAUUAGCGCUUUUGGAUUAAGAACAAUCACAUUUCAAACAUUUCUUACAAACAUGAUAAAAGAAAAGAAGUUAUCGACCCGAUACCCUCGGUGCAAAGGCUUGUUCCCUCAAAUGAUAGCCUUUCCGUCGGUAUUUAGUCUUCACCCUUUUGGCGGUUAGGAAAGCUUUGGAGCCCAUGAUAUGGAUCAAGAAUUUUGCCCAGAAGAUGGCAUUUCGCUAUAGCUUCAAAGUCCCUCAAAAAAUUUAUAUGGCUUGCCAUUUAUGAUGUUACGCCUCCUGGCUGUAUAAUCAGCUCAUUUAUUACCGCCGUAUCUGAGCGUGCGCAUUUGUUGUUCCAGCUGCCUAUUUACAGACCUAAAUAGAUUCUCUCUUCGCCAACAUUUUUCAUUCUAGCAAAAUAUCAAAUGUGAGAAAGCAUCCGUUUCUGUUCAGCAGCUAAUUCGUGGAAGCCAUUGCUAUAUUUUCGAUUGAAUCUGGUAAAUUACAUUCUUCACAUAUUUUCCUUUUAAUGCUGAAUGAAAACAAUUUUCCAUUUUAACCCGCUCAUACAAGAACACUCCGGUAAUAAAACAGUUUGAAGAAUCC